GGUCCUUCCGUUUGCUGAGGUGGAUGGCCUGCCCCCUGAAAUUACUGGACUACAUCCUGGAUGCAGAGGAGACGCUCAAUUCUCUGUGGGACUGGUACGAGAGAAGUCUAUAAAGAGGAGGCAGAGAAGCGCGUCUCACUUCAGUCUGGGACUAUCGGAGAUAACGGACACAACAUCCUUACACCCGUAGGACUGUACCACGUACAUUAAACCUUUUACAGCCAAAUUCAAGUAUUGCAUCGUCUGAGAGAGGCAGGAAUGUCUGAAAAGAAAUCCCGAAAUUCUGACACCCGGCCCAAGAACGUGCGCAGCUGGAGUGCAGACAGCUACGUGUGGAGCAGCAAGAAGCGUUCCAGAGCCUCGCGGGCCGAGAGCCGCGUCUGGGGAGACGAGGACGAGGGCCCCGAAGACCAGGGAGCGCGCUCGGCGUCCUGCUCUCGGCGGCGCAGGGAGAGGAAGUGCAGCUGCUCGCUCCUGGCCGAUGGCGACCUGGACGUGCCCUGCAGAAAGGUGUUGUCGCGGCGAUCCCUGCGACAGAAAUUCCAGGACGCCAUGGGUCAGUGUCUCCCUCUCCGCACACACCACCACCACCACCACCAUCACCACCACCACCACGCGCCUGGCGCCGCGCGGCCCUUCUCCGUGCUGCUGUGGUCCAAGCGGAAGAUCCACGUGUCCGAGCUCAUGGAAGACAAGUGCCCCUUUUCCCCUAAGUCUGAGCUGGCCCAGUGCUGGCACCUCAUAAAGAAGCACGGGGCCCACGACAGGCUUGCACUGGGGUCGUCCGCCGAGCGCAAAGCCUCCUCGCUCACCGACCCCUCCUCCCCCCCAGCUCUGAUCUCCUGGGAGGAGAUGUCCUCGCAGUGCUCCUCCCAGAGGACCCACAGCCUGGACGACUGGGACCCGUCCUGCCGCGCCGGCGAGGACUCAGACGACUGCUGCUCCCACACCGACUACAUCCUGGUGCCGGACCUGCUCCAGAUCAACAACAGCCCGUGCUACUGGGGAGUGCUGGACCGCUUCCAGGCCGAGGAGCUCCUGGAGGGCCAGCCGGAGGGCACCUUCCUGCUGCGCGACUCGGCCCAGGACGAGUUCCUCUUCUCGGUCAGCUUCCGCCGCUACAGCCGCUCGCUGCACGCGCGCAUCGAGCAGAGCGGCAAGCGCUUCAGCUUCGACGGACGCGACCCGUGCAUGUACCAGGACUCCAGCGUCACGGGCCUGCUCCGGCACUACAGUGACCCGGCCACCUGCCUCUUCUUCGAGCCCCUGCUGUCGCGCCCACUGCCCCGGACCUUCCCCUUCUCACUGCAGCACCUGUGCCGGGCCGUGGUGUGCAGCCGCACUACCUAUCAGGGCAUCGAGGCCCUGCCACUGCCCUGCGCCCUCAGAGACUACCUCAGGCAGUACCACUUCAAGUGCCAGGGAGCCUGUGCCAUUUAAGGUGCUAGGACACGAGACUCAAGGGGUUUUUUUUCUGUUUAUAAGGAUAUGUGAAAAAUGGAUGUUGAAAAAUGAGAGAAAGAGAGAAAGAAAGAGAGA